AUGGCCGACGACGCUGACAGACCGUCCUUCACAUCCUUCUGGAAGAAGGGCAAGCAGAAGCUCCGUGGUAAGACGUCGGGACGGCCAGACGAGCCACAGGUAGAUGUAGAGGGAGCGACGGAAACGAACGCCAGCACACAAAAGGAAAAAGCCCAACUACGACGCGCCCAAGUCCGCCGCGCGCAGAUCCAGCACCGCCAACGCAAGGCAAACUACAUCAAGCAACUAGAACUAGAUGUCUCGGAGCUACGAGACCUGCUCUCCCUGACAGAGAAGGAAACCGCCGCGCUGUUCAAGGAGAAUUUCCUGAUCCGAGAGGCGCUCGAGAAUGCGGGCGUGAGUUCCUCGGGUGCGGUAAAGUCCCCGGAACAGGCGCUGGAGCAGAUGGCGCUUGAGCCGCAGGAGGAAUCGCCAGAGCUGUUUGGCGAUAUUGACAUUGAUGACUUGACGGUCACGUUGAGCGUGGAUAGUGCGCUUGGCGGGCCGUGUUUCUAUAUUAGUUCGAAUUCGGGCUCGUCUGUCAGCGAGACGCCUGCCCGGAUGAUAGGCGGCGUUGCGUUGACGUGGGAGCAGGAGCAGCGGGCAGUCAACUUUAUCCUCGGACUCGAGCACUGCUGCUGGAAUCACUUCUCCAUGGGCGACUUCCACCUGCACGACCCGGAGCUCACGUCCGAAGCAGAAAAGGGACACACCCUCAUGGCAACGGCGUACUGCAUGGCCAGCGCCCCGGACUCCAUCUACACUGACCGUUCUGCCCUGGACACCAAGAGCAAAAAGGCACCUUCUUUCCAGUGGGGAGCCUCGGGCAUCACCCUGGAUUCCUUGCACGGGCUAGCUGCGUCGUUGAACCCGGGGGAUUUGGAAGUCACGCCUGUUCAAGCGUGGUUUGAGCUGGCGAGCCGGUACCCCGUGGAGGUGCUGAUGGGGGGUACCGUGCUGGAUAUGCUGCAGAGGGAGUUUAACGGCGUGGUCAAGUGUGUCAUGUAUGGGGCUGUGAUUGAGCGGUUGGCGUUUGAGAGUAUUAUUGCGAGGGUGUUGGGGCCUUCGGAGGGCUCGCUGUGGGGUUGA